AUGCCAUUAGGCACGACUAUACAUAACAUAGAAAUAACACUUGGAAAGGGUGGACAAUUAGCUAGAGCAGCGGGUGCUGUAGCAAAACUGAUUGCAAAAGAAGGUAAAUCAGCAACAUUAAAAUUACCUUCUGGCGAGGUCCGUUUGAUAUCCAAAAACUGCUUAGCAACAGUUGGACAAGUAGGGAAUGUUGGGGUAAACCAGAAAAGUUUGGGCAGAGCCGGAGCUAAACGUUGGCGAGGCAAGCGUCCUGUAGUAAGAGGGGUCGUUAUGAACCCUGUAGACCAUCCACAUGGGGGUGGUGAAGGGAGGGCCCCAAUUGGUAGAAAAAAAACCCUCAACUCCUGGGGUUAUCCUGCACUUGGAAGAAGAACUAGAAAAACGAAUCAAUAUAGUGAUAAUUUGAUUCUUCGUCGCCGUAGUAAAUAG